CCUCGCUAUGUCACCUGUCAAAAAAUGUAAACAGUUUUGUUAACCUCUUUAGUUGAAUUUUGUUGUAGUUAUCGGAAUGGCAGAGGCGCAGCAGGAGCAAGACGCUAAAGUGGAGACCACCGACGCGGUGUCGGUGGCCGCAAGUGACCAAACUAGAGAUUCGGUGGGCACAGGUUCUGAAUUCACUCAGUCUAUUCAACCAUCGGACGCUGAGGCAGCCGCCAGCGUCGAGACCAUUCCCGCUAUCCAUUCGUACCAAAUCAAGCCAGUUUUGGCCGACAAAUUUAAAGGCGGCACGGUUAAGGAAAUCAUGAGAAACGCUCUGAGUGAACAGUUGGGGGGGAAAACGUACCAAGCGGACAAAGUGAAGACGUGGACUGUGGAUCUAGCGAACGAUAUAAGUGCAAAACUCACAGGGUUAAAAAUGAAGAGGUAUAAACACAUAGUUCAGGUAACUUUAGGUGAACAAAAAGGGGCUGGAGUGAAGUCGGUGGUUCGGUGUCUGUGGGACGCGGAAACGGACGGAUACACCAGCGAGAUAUUUUCAAACGACACGAUUUUUUGUUUAGUUGUUGUGUAUGCGAUUUAUUUAUAUUAAAUAUUUUACGUAAUUGUGUGACGAAUACGGCGUUUGAAACGUAGGAUAACUUUAUUUCUUCUACAGAGUGUUCAAUUCAUCAUACACGACUCAUACGUUGGUAUCAGAUACUUGAUGUUGAUGAAAGCGUCCUCUCC